UUAACAUCCAAAUUAAAGUGUUCAGCGAGAGUUUAAUGUCAUUUGCUUUGCCCAUUCACCCUUAUAUGGACCGUGUUAAUUGAGUAGACAUGCAGCAACCCUGCCCUGUUGCUCCUAGGCCACUGGGCCAGCCCUGAAGUGAACACUGCUGCUCAGGUUCAGCCAGCUGGGUGAGAAGAAGUGGCAGAGGCAAGGCUGAGGAUGCAGCAAGGGAGCUGAGGAAACAGAGUCACGGCCAGACACACACAUACACACACACACACACACAUCCAGAGCUGCUGCACACAGCCCUCCAUCAGGGGGGACUUUCUAGCUGGCUUGGACCAUGAGCAAUGAGUCUGCCGUCUGGAACAUCCUACCAGAAAACUCCACACAGACCCCAUUCGAGGCUGCAGAGCAACAAGAUGGCUAUGUGCUUCUCCUGGUGAUCCUCUCCAUCUUCCUGGUGGGAACACUGAUCUUCAUCUUUGUCCUCCUCAUCGCCUGUCGUCGCUGCUGCAGGGAAGGGCGACGCUAUGCUAGGGCCAGCGAUGACCCCGAGAAAACCAACACCACCUACAUGGAGGAGUCUCAGCCCACGCAUGAAAUCACCAUCAGGGUAGAUGAGUCGGACUGCCUGUCGGUGGCCAGCUCUCAUGACCAGGAGACCGAGCGCUUCCUGUCCACGGGCAUCACAGGACGCCGUGUCUCUUUCAAUGAGGCGGCGCUCUUUGACCACAGCAAAAAGACCCAGGAGAAAGGGCGCAGGUACACUCUGACUGAAGGAGACUUUCACCACCUGAAGAAUGCCCGGCUCACACACCUCCACAUCCCCCCGCCAGCCCUCAAGAUAGUCACCAUCCAUGAGUGUGAAUCAGCCGAGAACACCAUUACCAUGGCAACACGCCCCGCCGCUAAGUCAGCGCUUUCCAUCUUCCAGCCGAUGCUGUGCCCCCUGCCACAAACAGCACUGACGAGCCUGAGUGCCAGUCCUAGUUCCGCCCUUCCCGGGGACGCUUUCAAUUCUGUGGUGGACACGAGCUUCAGCGAGAACGCCUCAACCCCCAGCACCAAGGAGCCAAGCUCCAGCUCUAUUGAGAUGAUGGGAGCGGGGCCCCCGGGCAGGGGCAGUCCAAGCAGUGUUAGCGUGGGUGAAGGGGCAGCAGUGGGGGGCGUUGCCCCUCCUGGUGGUAGUGCGGCAGGAAGCCAGGGGCCCAUGCUGCAGUUCUUCACCAAGCUGCGGCGCCAUGCCAGUCUGGAGGGGGCCAGUCCCUACUUCAAAAUCAAGAAGUGGAAGCUGGACAGCAGCCAGAGAGCCUCAAGUCUGGACACCAGAGGCUCGCCCAAGAGGAGGCAGUUCCAGAGGCAGCGAGCCGCCAGCGAGAGCAUGGACCAGGAUGACAAUGAUGCACAUCACAUAGACCUCAUCCAGUACAUCGCACGCACCCAAGACAUCACCUUCUGUCCCAGCCAGCCCUCCACCCGCCUCCUGUCACCUCCCUCCACACCACCCCCCUCCCUCGGCAGGUUAGAGGUAGAGGUGAUGGUGGAGCCCAGCUGCAGCCAUGGUGGUCAAGGGGUGAUUGGCCUGUCCCCUGAUCCCCAGGACGAAGCACUGAGCCUGGCCAGAAAGGAGGGUGCAGACCCUUUGGAGCCCCUAGAUUCCCAAGACCCGCAGGCCCUUUAUAGAGACAUCUGGACCCUCCGUGCAUCACUGGAACAGUACGCCGCUUCCGACCAGAGCAGCAACAAUGACAGGAACUCUGUUUGCAGUGAUGCUGACAGCGUGUGUUCGCUGGGAGGACGCACGGAGACAGAGAGAGGGGGGCUUCCCAGCUACCCAUCCCAAGACUUGGGGGAUGAAGUGGAGGGUGGAGAGGAAGACAAGAGCUUGACACUUUACGAGGGGUUUGGGGUGAAGGAGGUAAAGAAGAGGAAGCAGGACAGCACAGAGUCAGAGAGAGGGGCCAGCGAUGGGGAAUCCGGGACCCGUAAGCUGCUGCAGAUGGACAGUGGCUACGCGUCAAUAGAGGCUCCAUCUCGUGGCCCAGAGGACCUUCGCCUGUUUGGGAGCAGCGGCAGCGGCAGCCCUAAAGACAGAACAGCCCUCGAGCGAAGGCACCACUUCACCAAUGCAGGGCGAACUGGCACUAUCGGUGAGAGCUUCGAGUCUCAUCUCUUUGAGGAGGAGCCAGAAGAUGAGCUGUUGUUAGGGGCCAGUGGAGGAGCUCCCAUAGAAACAGGUGUUGGUCCAUUGGGCUGGUCCCCAUAUGGUCAGAUGUUCAAACCAGGGGAGGCUGCGCAGCCUUCGCCCCAACCCCCAACACUGCACCGACGAGAUUACAGCAUAGAUGAGAAGACAGACGCCCUCUUCCAUGAGUUUCUCCGCCAUGACCCUCAGUUUGACCAGCAGGAGUCACCGUUGAGGAAGCACCGAUCCCGUAUCCACCUUCGAAAGCAGUGGCAGCGACACAAACAGUGGAGUGACCCCGGUGUCCGGCACUACCACUCCUCUUUCGAGAGACAGCGAACCCCUCUGCGGCGAGGCGACAGCGUGAAUUACCCGCUGGACACAAGCUACCACAGUACGCUCCCACGCAUCGUCAGUGCGCCUGACGAGGAGGCCAGUGAUGGGACUGGCAGCACUCCUGAAACUCCAAAGAUGGAGGCCACGACUACUGAGGGCGGGGGGAAGGAGAGGAAGCAGGGUGUCAAGGCGAAAGGUGAGGGAGACAAAAGCAUUGUCACAGAGGAGGAGAACCAAGCGUCCCGUUCUCCUCCUCCUCCUCAGGAGGACAGCAAACAGCCCGGAGUCCCUCCUGCCCCUGAUGAGCGCUCGCCCCCUCAGCUCCCUGACUCCUCGGGCUAUGGCCCUCAGACCAUCACAGCUGAGCUCACAGACAAACUGACUGCUAACCUGGACGAGAGGCUGUACAUGGGCCUUCGCAGGACCAAGGACACAGCGACUGAGUGUGUGACCGUGACGGCCACACACGCGUCUCCUGACCACAGCCCAGUGUAGCAGGGCUCCAGUCGUCCUCCUCAUCAACCUCACUCCUGCUGACACACACUUUUCUUUCUGUUUGGUUUCUGUCUUGCCUCAGUCUCAAAACACACAUGUCUCUCUAUAUACAGUUUGAAUGGUAUAACCCAGACCAUUAAACAUCCACCAAAAGGUUUGUCAGUCCAAGAAUUAAAGAUACACACAACUCAACUGGGAAGAAAUGAACUCACAAGCAGUGUCUCUUUUAUGCCUAUUAUCAUUGCAACCUCCUAAUUCUUACUAUCUUACAGUCUGCUUACAACAAAGAAAGCCAACAUAAAAAAGGGACAUGGCUCACAUUUCACCAACAAUAUAAAAUUUAAUGGUUUCGAUGGGAAUAUGUGUUUGUUUGUUUCCACAUUAAUUGUCUUUGUAUGUGUCCGUAGACUACUUACUAUCUACUUUUGUGUCUCUACUGCUGUCAUUCCUUUCUCUCCUCUCCAGUAAG